AUGCUAUCUUUUGAGGUCGGUGCUGGUACGAAUAAUGCUCGUCUAGUAGCAAUGCUUCGAUCGCUGGCCAGCUACCACCACAAAGAACAGGUUUCUUUAAUGUUGGUACGACUUUCACAAGGUCUUACGCAUCUUGGGAAAGGUACAAUGACGUUGAAUCCAUGGCAUUCUGACCGGCAAUUGCUGUGCCCGAGCGCCAUUGCAGCACUUCUUACGAUCUGCUUUGCAUUCUUGGAUGCUAAUAACUCUGUGUUAAACAACCGACAGCAUUACUUGCUGUACACCCUCGUGCUUGCUAUGCAACCACGAAUGCUCGUUACAUUAUGUGUAGACGACAAGAAGCCGGGUCAACUAAAACAGGUCGGUGUAACGGUACGAGUGGGUCAAGCCGUCGAUGUUGUAGCUCAAGCGGGUAAACCGAAGACAAUCACGGGCUUCCAAACAACACACGACGCCGUUCUUCUGGCCUAUGGCGAGCGAGCCGAGUUAGCAAAUGAAGAAUAUGAUAGCGAAUGA